CUCCGCAGUUCAAGCGGCAAGUGGGUGAGCAGGAGGAGGAUGCCGACCUGUGGAUUGGAUACUCUGCCUUUCACCUGGGGGACUACGAGAGAGCACUGGAGGUGAGGAAUAUGAGGCUUUGACCAAAAAACCAGCUUGCAAUCCUGAUGUUUGGGUGAACCUUGCCUGUACCUACUUUUUCCUGGGGAUGUAUACACAAGCUGAACAAGCAGCUUUGAAAGCGCCUAAGAGUCGUCUCCAGAACCGUUUACUCUUUCACCUGGCACAUAAGUUCAGUGAUGAGAAGAAACUGAUGAGCUUUCACCAGAAUCUGCAAGACAUUACAGAAGAUCAGCUUAGCUUGGCAUCUAUUCACUACAUGCGAUCCCACUACCAAGAAGCUAUUGACAUCUACAAACGCAUUCUUCUUGAUAAUCGGGAGUACCUGGCUCUGAAUGUUUAUGUGGCCCUAUGCUAUUACAAGCUGGAUUACUAUGAUGUGUCACAAGAAGUGCUUGCUGUUUACCUUCAUCAAGUUCCUGACAGCACCAUUGCUCUUAACCUUAAGGCUUGUAACCAUUUCCGACUUUACAAUGGGAAGGCUGCUGAGGCAGAGCUCAAGAGCUUGACGGAUAGUGCCUCAUCUUCUUUUGAGUUUGCCAAGGAGCUCAUUAAGCACAACCUGGUGGUGUUCCGAGGAGGAGAAGGGGCUUUGCAGGUCCUGCCUCCUCUGGUUGAUGUUAUUCCUGAGGCUAGACUAAAUCUUGUGAUUUACUAUCUCCGGCAAGAUGAUGUGCAGGAGGCUUAUAACCUGAUUAAGGACUUGGAACCUACAACUCCACAGGAGUACAUCCUCAAAGGAGUGGUAAAUGCGGCACUUGGACAAGAAAUAGGCUCGAGAGAUCAUCUGAAAAUUGCUCAGCAGUUCUUCCAGUUGGUGGGUGGAUCAGCCAGUGAAUGUGAUACCAUUCCAGGGAGACAGUGCAUGGCCUCCUGCUUCUUUCUACUUAGACAGUUUGGUGAUGUCCUGAUCUACCUCAAUUCAGUCAAGAGUUACUUCUACAAUGAUGACACUUUCAACUUUAACUAUGCCCAAGCCAAAGCUGCUAUGGGCAAUUCUAGUGAGGCUGAAGAGGUGUUCCUUUUGAUCCAGAGUGAGAAGAUAAAGAAUGAUUUUGUUUACCUUAGCUGGCUAGCACGCUGCUAUAUUAUGAAUAAGAAGCCACAGCUGGCCUGGAAGCUCUAUUUGAAGAUGGAGACCUCAGGGGAAUCCUUUAGUCUUUUGCAGCUCAUUGCAAACGAUUGCUACAAAAUGGGUCAGUUUUACUAUUCAGCCAAAGCGUUUGAUGUUCUGGAGAGACUGGACAGUAAUCCUGAAUACUGGGAAGGCAAAAGAGGUGCUUGUGUGGGUGUCUUUCAAAUGAUCUUAGCUGGCCGAGAAGCAAAAGAGACUUUACGGGAAGUGCUGCAUCUUCUGAGGAGCACUGGUAAUCCUCAAGUAGAAUACAUUAUCCGCAUCAUGAAAAAGUGGGCCAAGGAGAACAGAGUCCCUGUCUAGGUCAGCGUCACCAAAAGAACUGGAGCGUGGAGAGCUGACUGUCUGGAUUGUUCAAUCUUGCUUGAAAUUUGACCCUCAAAACAUUUAUCCUUGUUAAUAUGAUUCAUGUGAGUAAUCCCUUUAGUGUAUCAAUCUGAUGGAUAAAAGAACUGUAUGUUUUGAAUCAUUUUCUUCAACAGUUUCCACCAUAGUUAGCAAUACAUUCAUUAUACUGUGGGUGAUAAGUACUCUCCUGUUUCCUAAGGAGAACGGUUCAGGGAACACGCAAUCCUAAAAGAAGGCAACAGUUGUAACAUAGAAAUGUAUUAUAUGGUUUGCGAUGAGCAACAUUUGUAUAUUAUUUGUAAAAUGAAAAUUUGCCUUUCUUAUGAAGUAUUUUCAUAUCUUUAGGGGGGAACUUUUCAGAAUACUGUAUUUUUUACUCUCUGUGCUUUCAUUAAAGCUCUUACGUGGAUCUACAAUUGAACGUCUUACUUGGUCUGUGUUAUCUCAUGUUGAAGGUAUUGAAACGGUAUGUUCAUUUUGCUGUGGAAGAGGACAGAUUUGUGACUAGUCAUUAAGUGCUUGUUCAGUAGUCAUUCAAGACAAGCUAAUGGCCUCGGUCCUGAGCUUUAUGACGGGUUUUACUGUUUGAUACUUAAAAUAAGGAGGUAUACAGAAUAUAAACAUCUUUCUGCCACAAAACAUGCCAGUGUCUUUAAGCAAAAACUGUGGGUAUCAUCAUUCAAAUAUCUGGAAGUGCACUGCUGGGUUGUCGCUAUUUGCAUUUACAUGAAAUUUAGAAAAGCGAUCCAUCAGGUAGCAACAAUAAUAGAGCGCCUUUGAGCAGGAGCAGGGCCAACAUUACAGUGAUCCAAAAGAGAAGAUGUGAAAGUAGCAGUAAGUGUUUUCACUGAAGCAGUUACAAAACUUGCUUCACUUGUAAAAAGCAUUUUUGUUUUCUCUCACAGUUGAAUUAACGUGGAAACAGCUUGGGAAUGCUACUAUGAGUCUUUGUACAAACCUUCAAAAAAAUCAUGUCGGUGGUUUUGUAGCAGAUGUUAAAUGUAUCUAAUUACUCCCUUUACUGAAGCUUAACCUGCAGGAGAUCUGAAGAGCAUCCAAACUCAUUGUAGACUGUUUUACAUGUGUUAGGUGAAUCUUCUGAAAUAAGUGUGGUAGCAUUGCAGCAUAUGGGCUUGGGGACUACUUUCAAACCCUUUGUCCGAGACCCGUGAAGAAGUUUUUGAAAAUGUCACAAUUAUUCACAUUAGUCACGAAGUCGUAUUUAAUAUGUUAAAUAACGUAGGUUUUAACACAGUGUUCUUUUUUGUUUUACAGAUAAUAAAGCUUUUGCAUUUAAGGUAUAAAUAAGUGAGGACUGCAGGAAUUUCUUUGUACAGUGAUGAAAUAAAAGAUAUGUUACAUGUUGUCCUAGCAUUUACAGUCUUGAUAAUGGAACAGAUAUGUUGGUAUUGCUAAAAUGCAGAACAAGAAAAGUGCUGAAAUAUUGGCUUCUCUUUUACCUUGAAAAUACAUUUUAAGGAUGUCUUCCAUGGUUUAAUCUGAAUUCAUAUUCAAGAAACAGAGGUGUGAGUAGAAAUUCCCUUCGUUGAUACAGAAAGAGAAGUUAAUAGAGAAUUUCUACAACUGUUUCUCAAGUAGAGUUAACAAAUCUUAUCCCUGCACAUGUCCAUAUCUUCCUGACAUGUGGGAAUGCAAGGAGUUAGGGUACUUUACAUAGGAAAGGUGGGCCUGAAGAGAGAUGUGGAGAGAAACAGAAGUGACCCCUACAGAGCAAACAGGCAGUGCAGAAUGGCUGAAGAACUUUUUUAUCUGAGUAUGUAUCUGAUUCUGGAGAACAGAAUAUAGAGAGAGCACCAAAGGUACUAUGUUAGCAGUCAUAUCAUUAAUAGUGACAGGUAGAGAAAGCCAAAACCCCAAGCACUGUGUAACUCAUUUUAAUUGGGCUGCCACGCAUUCCUUAUAGAUAAGGAAGAUGACCUUUAGUUAAGCACAGUAAUAACUGAGCAACACUUACUCCCUCCAAUAACAUCUGCCGGAAUUACACUACUGGGGAGGACGUUUGUCCUUUCAAUUGCUGCAGAUGAGCUCCAGGAUAACAUUCACUUUGGCCAGCAUCUGAAGUGAUCCAAUACAGCAGCAACCCUCCUGGAUUAAUUCUGGAAUCUAGCAUAAACUCCUAAGAACAGUGACAGCUGGAGCCUAGCAUAAACUCCUAAGAACAGCUGGAGCUAAGUAAUGUACUAAACUGGAGAUGGCAAGUUCAUCGUAAAGGAAAAGUCAUGUCAUAUUCCAGCUUGGACUUUGGACUGUAGCAGGCAUUUAGGAAUAUGCAGUGCUCUCAACUUGAAGAUCUGUCAUUGAUCUUCAUAAGAAGGAUGUCUAAAGUUGAUUAUAGAACUUGGCCAUUAGGUAGUAAGGCACAAAAUAAGCAAUUACGUGUGGAGUUAUUGUUACAUGUAGCUUCACUAUAUGGGAGAUGUACCUACUUUGAGGAACACAUCUGGUUUUUGCCCCUUGUUUUACUCACUAACCAAAUUUUCCCUGUAUUAUAUCCAUCAGGAAUUUCCAAUCCCUCCUUUUUGAGUUUCAUUUUCAGGAUUCCCUCCCCCUAUUUGAUCUAUUCAAAUGAUCAUCAAUGAAGUAGAUAAUUGCACAAAAGUGUCACGAGGAACCAUUCUUCCAAUGUCUACCUCUGCUAUGUUAAAUAGCCAUUGGAGCCUGGCAUUCUUUGUUUUGGUUUGUUUGUGGGUUUUUUCCUCUUUAGGGAUACAUAAACUGCGAGCAUGUAAUCUCUAUCUUCUUUUGGUUGUAUUAAAGAGACCAUCUCUGUUAUAAGGACUUUUCCAGACUGGAAAACUGGUACCUUCUCCAGUUUGCCAACAGAUUUUUCUUAAAAAAAAAAAAAAUGUCCAUGUUGCACUGGGCAUAAUUUAUCACUGUAUGUGACAUUGGAAUACGCUCCUCCAUACUGCUACUCACUAUUCUCCUAUGUCUGUAUCAAAGACUGCAUUCCCGCUUCUUGCCAUAUUAUCGCAGGGGGAGCUCACGUUAAAUUGCUUCUCCAGUCUCAUGUGACACCUAGGGUUUUUCCAGAAACUGUAUUUUCCAUAAUACAGUCUUACCUUUCCAAAGGGACAGCCUACCCAUAGCUCUAUGAAAAAUGUUUUUUGAUUGAAUGGGCUCACUUUUCCAUCUUACACAGAUCACUCUUUGUGAUCGAUCUUAUCCACAUAAAUUACUAGUCUGUUUUUCUGCAAACUUUUAUUAGCACCCAUUUUACAUCUAUAUCUGGAUCAUCAGUUAAUAUGUUGGAUUAUCAGUCCUUCCAGGACCCUACUAAAGAAAAUACCCAAAACAUUCUACUAAUGAUGACUGAUGGCUACUUUUCACAAUCUGUCAUUCUCAUGUAACAUGUGCUUUACUGAUACUGUAUUGUGCUACUUUUUAAAAUAGGAGUUAUGUGAUGAUAAAAAUACAUUUCUAUAACUCCUGUUUAGCUAAAGUGGUAAUCAAUUAAAGCUCUAUGUCACUGACUGGAGUUAUAUGAAUAUUCUUACGUAUUUCCAUUCGUUCUUUAUCAGAUGAACCCUAUAGCAUCCCAGAAAGAUUGAUGGAAGUGGAGUCCAGCUGUUUAAGACUGCUUGCAGAAUUUGAAAGAUAAUACUACUUUUCUUUGUACUUUGAUCACAUUUUGAAGCCGUGCACCAAAAGCUUAGUUUUGGUUGUUGUAGGUUCUAAAUUUUCAUUUUCAAUUGGAACAAAACAUUCAAGCACAUCAAAUAAAGCAGGUAUUUGACAUCUCUGGCCAUGGGACAGUCCCUAAAUUCCUUACAGGACUGACUUAAAUGAAGAAUUAUACUAGUAUCUAUUUAUACAUGUUUUUAGAAAAAUUUAUAUUUAGUAAGAGAUGUGACUUCUGAGCAGAUCCAGUGUAUUCUUUAAAUAAAGAGAACUGCUGUAAUUCAUACUUACGUAUUGCAUUGUGCUUAAGUGCUCCAUAUUAUGUUAC